UCACAGCAUUGAAUUUCAACAACGUCACCGCAAACGUCACAUAUUCAAUCUCAAUCUGUCGAAUUGUUAUAUAAAAAUCCUUCAAUACUCUCUACAAUUUCACUACACAAAUUCCACUCCACAGCUCAAGUUUUAGCCCUUGGCUUUCCUUCGCAUGGCUCAACACCAUAUCCUCUUAGUAACAUUUCCUGCUCAAGGCCACAUUAACCCUUCCCUCCAAUUUGCCAAGAAACUGAUAGGCAAUGGCGUCCGUGUCACUUUCAUGACUGCCGUUUCUGCCUUCAACCAAAUGAACAAAACUUCCGUUCCAGAGGGCUUAUCCUAUGCCACUUUUUCCAACGGUUAUGACCAAGGGUUUAACCAUGGCACCGAUGAUGUCAAGCAUUACAUGGUUGAGACUAGGCGUUGCGGUUCUAAAACCUUGAGAGAGCUCAUUGCUCAAAGUAUCAGUCAAGGCACACGGUUUGGAUGUAUUGUUUAUUGCACUAUUCUCCCUUGGGUGCCAGUGGUGGCUCGCGAGUUUCAUAUCCCGACCACUUUCCUCUGGAAUCAAGCUGCUAGUAUUUUGAACAUCUAUUAUCAUUACUAUAAAGGCUAUGAGAAUGUCAUCGAACACGGUAUCAACGAUCCCUCGUUUGUGAUGGAAUUUCCGGGAUUGCCACUGCUUUCUCGCAAUGAUGUGCCUUCCUUUUUCGUAACCCCAAAUCCUUAUGCUUUUGCGCUCUUGGAAUUUAACGCUCAUAUUCAGAUUCUUGACCAAGAAACCAACCCAAGAGUUUUGGUCAAUACUUUUGAUGCAUUAGAAGCUGAAGCCAUGAAAGCUCUGGACAAGUACAAUUUAGUGGGAAUUGGACCUUUAAUGCCAUCUGCUUUUGUGGAUGGAAAAAACCCAUCCGAAACUUCCUUUGGGGGUGACCUUUUCAAGGUCAAAAAGGAGUAUAAAGUAAUGGAAUGGCUUAACUCUAAGCCUGAAAGUUCAGUCAUUUAUGUAUCAUUUGGAAGCCUGUCUCUGUUGGCAAAACCUCAGAUGGAAGAACUAGCAAAUGGGUUACUUGACACUGGCCGUCCAUUUUUGUGGGUGAUAAGGGAAGGUGGAGUAGAACAGAAAGAAGAAGAGGAGGGAUUGAGUUGUCAGAAGGAAUUGGAAAAGCAAGGGAUGAUAGUGCCAUGGUGUUCACAAGUGGAAGUUCUUGUCCAUCCAUCUGUUGGAUGUUUCCUGACGCAUAGCGGAUGGAACUCAACUUUUGAAAGCCUGGUUUUUGGGGUUCCUAUGGUGACAUUUCCACAAUGGUCAGAUCAGCCAACCACUGCAAAGCUCGUCCAGGAUGUGUGGAAAACAGGGGAGAGAGUGAAGAAGAAUGAUGAAGGAAUAGUUGAAGGUUGCGAGAUAAAGAGAUGCCUGGAAUUGGUGAUGGGAGGUGGGGAAAGAGCAAAAGAAACGAGAAGGAAUGCCAUGAAAUGGAAACACUUGGCGAGAGAAGCUGCUAAGGAAAAUGGAUCAUCAGAUAAGAACCUUAAAGCUUUCGUGGAUGAGCUUAGUAGUUAUUAAACUUGGUACAUGGUAGCUAUGCUAUGAUUAGCUCUUUUCUUUUGUCUCUUUGAGUCUUUCUUUCUGGGGUUAGGUUUUGUUUUGUUUUCAACUAUUUUUCGUUUGGGUAAACAUGCUUUGUCGUAUUUAUCAGUCUUCAAUUUUAUCAGACUCAAGCCAUUCUUAUCUUAUGCUUAAACAAUGCGGGUUA